CUCGAACGAAGGCUGGCCAAGAUUGCUUUGGGUAUACAAGAGGAGCUUGCUUUAUGUGAACUUUGCGAGGGUCCUCAUCAUAGGGAUAUGUGUCCACUGGGAGCUGCUCAGUUGGAAGAUGUCCAAUAUAUCAAUAAUCCGCGAAGUCAAGGCCAGGGUGGUAUGUAUUCAAAUACAUACAACCCUCAAUGGAGACAUCACCCCAAUAUGUCAUGGUCAAACAUUAAUCCAGCUGGUGUUCGAAACAUCCCACCUCCUGGUUUUCAGCAGCAACAACCUCAACCAGAGAAGAAGCCCUAGUUGGAGGAGUUGAUUUUGGCUCAUAUGCAGAAAACAGACAAUAAUUUCAAGGGUCUUGAUCAAUUUGUCACUCAAUAGCUAGCCAUAAACAACAAUAUGCAAUCAUCUAUGCUAGCUAUGGAGAGGCAAAUAGGCAAGAUGGCUCAAACUUUGGCAGAUAUUCAAGGUAGGAUUCCGGGAACUUUACCAGCAAAUACCGAGAGGAAUCCGAAGGACGCCAUGGUUGUAGCUGUCACAUUGAGGAGUGGAAAGGCCUUGGAGGAUCCAGAGAGUUCAAGGAAGUCAACAAAAUCUGAAAAAGAAGGAGUUGUAGAGGUAGAGGAUGAAGAAAGUGCAAAAGCUGAAAAAUCUGACUUGCACAGGCAAACUGCAUGCAAUCUGCCUGUGCAAAAGCAAUCUGCCCGUGUACCUCAAAAAGUGGAAAAAUUGAAGAAGGAAGAGGUAAAGCCUUAUGAACCUCCCGCACCAUUCCCUCAAAGGUUAAUGAAGCCCAUGGAAGAUCCAAACUUCAAGAAAUUUGUGAAUAUCUUCAAGCAACUUCAUAUCAACAUACCGUUGGCGGAGGCACUUGAACAGAUGCCUACAUAUGCUAAAUUCUUAAGGGAGUUGCUGACGAAGAAGCGCAAAUGGGCUGAUCUGGAGAAGGUAACCCUUACUUCUGAAUGUAGUGCUGUGAUUCAGAAUAAAUUACCAAAAAAGAGGGAUGAUCCGGGCAGCUUCACCAUUCCAUGUGUCAUUGGAGGUACAGAAUUCAAUAAAUCACUUUGUGAUCUUGGAGCAGGAAUUAAUUUGAUGCCAUACUCAGUCUACAAGAAAUUGGGAUUGGGAGAUGUUCUUAAGCCUACUCGGAUCACUCUCCAAUUGGCUUAUCGAUCAGUAAAAAUUCCAAAAGGAGUGGUGGAGAAUGUAUUGGUGAAGGUGGGGAAGUUUAUUCUCCCAACAGAUUUUGUAAUUCUGGAGAUGGAAGAUGAUCGGGGAGUGCCUCUCAUUCUUGGUAGACCUUUUCUAGCAACUGGAGAUGCACUCAUCGAUGUUGGGAGAGGCAAACUGACAUUCCGAGUAGGUAAGGAGGAGGAAAUUUUUAAUGUCUUUCAAGUUGAUCAUAAUCACGAUGCAUUUGAUGACUUUGAAAGUGGUGCUCAAGAAAGGAAAAAUUCCUCUUCCUGUGAUAGUGGAUCAGCUGAAGUAUCACAUGUCCUAUCAGCUCAGAUUUUGAAAUCAAAGCAAGGACAGAAAUCAUUGCCAGAUCACCUCAAGUAUAGAUAUUUGGGUAAGGAUUUCAAUCUUCCUGUCAUUAUUCCUUCUAUACUGACAUUGAAACAGGAAGAGUACUUGCUUGAGGCACUGCAAUACCACCUACGCCUCACUAAAGGGUCCAACAUGCAAGCUAAGAAGGUCAUACCAAAUUUUUGCACACCUGGCCCUGCUGAGGUGACUCAUAUGUUGGAUGGAGGUUAUGUGUUCUAUCAUUGCUCGGGAGGGUAUGCUGGAUACCUUUCCAUACCCAUUGGUUGAAAGCUCCAUGAACGUCAGGCUGAGGACGUGAAACAAGCGCUUUUUGGGAGGCAACCCAAGGUAAGUUUUCUUUUCUUUAUUUUUCUUUUUAGUUGUGUCAAACCCGUGCAUGUUUAGAUUAGGAGUUGAAUAUUAGGGACAAUGUUCCAUUUUGAGUGUGGGGUGGUGAGUCUUAGUGUUGUUUGUCCCUGUUGCAUGUGGUAAAAAAAAUAUUCCCAUUAGGUUGAGCACAGCCAAACUGCAUGCAGUUUGCCUGUGUAAAAAGCAGGCUGCCUGUGCAAAGCUAAUGGCUAAAAAACACCUCAAAAUCAGAAAAAUUAAAAAACAAAACCUUGUACUCUUGUGGUAACAUGAUGUAAAUGACCGUGAUGCUUUGAAAAUGAGUUUGUGCUUGAAUGAAAUCAUCGAAAUCACCCCACUAGUGUUGAAUUGCAUGGUUCUUCACAAUGAGCUUAAAUGUUUUGACUGACUUGAUAUGCUUGGAAUGAGCAAAUCUUUUAGCAACAUUCUCUUUUGUGAGGAUAGUGUAAUGACUUUUGGUGAAGUAGUUAGGUGGAGAACAUUGACCAUUCGACAUGUUUGGAUACCGUGCUUACUUGCAUCUAUUGUGAGCUUUUGAUUUGGCAACGAGUCUCUCUGUUUUGAUGGUUUUAUGAUGGGGUGAACUGUAUCUUCAUAAAAGAAAACACUACCUGACAAGUAAAAUAUAAGAAAGUUGCCAUAACAAUUAAAGUGUGGGUAAUAAUGCCAAAAUUGUGUGAGGCAAUCACUCAUUGCACAUGGGGAUUAGGAAAGAUUCAAUUGAGAAUCGGUACGCGACCGUACGAUGUUGCUUAUCAAGUACGAUCCCCAGUUGAUUGAAGUGCCAUUUGAGGAUGCAAUGACCCUCCACACGGACCGAGGAAAAGGAGUUAAAAGAAGCCCUUAUGCGAGUGCUAAGAAGCAGAAAUUGCUCUUGCUCGGUCACCGGUAGUAAGAAACAAAUCCCACUUGUACUAAAUACGACCUCUCGGCAAGCAAAAGCAGAAAGAGAGAAAGCCUCUCCUUGUCAUAAAAGGUAGUGAUGUGCUUAAAGUUAAAAUCAUGUUUGCGAAAGGCUUCCCCCAUUAGUUUUUGAGACUCAUGCUUAAUUAAUUGCUUAUGAUUGGUGUGAGUAAGCCAGAUUGUCCUCACGAGAUAUGCACCUCAUUGAUGUGGUUAGAUUCUCUUAAUAACUGUUGCACCAUAAGUUGUUAAUCACCCGCUACUGACGAUCUGACUUUAGUGUUGCUAAUUGAGUUUUUGGUGGAUUUGAGUCAGUCAAUGGGAAUGGUUGCAAAGAACUUGAGUGUGGGGUGAAAGGUAUGACCAUUAAAGCACAACUUAUCCGUUGAGAAAGAAACUACUGAUUACAACAAGAGUACAAGGAAAAUUUUGUUUUGUGUCGAGUGUUUGGUUGUUGACUCUGUGGUGUGUCAUUGUUUUGGAUGGUUAUGAUAAUCGGCUUUAACAUAUUGAAUUUUUGGACUUUAUGUGAUUAUCCAUGGUAUGUUUUAGCCAAUUGGUGCUAUUUUAGGGCUCGCUAACCCGAGAAUGGUUGAAAAAAUACCAUUACUGCCUAGUGCCAUGAGUUUAAUAUAUUACAGGUGGAGAAAGAACGAAAAAGGAGUGAGUACAUAAGCAAUAAAUCGGGCUCGAAUUACUCGUGGACUUCUCACUUGGGCUCAAGGCCCAACGGCCUUGAAGAGGAAGCUUGGGACGAGGGAAGAAGUGGGCCUGGUGAAAUAAUGGCUCAGGGGGAAUUGGACACGGGCAACAAAAUUAUUCGGGGAAGGAGAAUUGGACUUGAGGCAAUUAUUGGAGGGCGGCUGCCUUUUCUACGAGGGGAAGGAGGAAUUAAAUUGGAGGCGAGGC